AUGCGUGCUUUGCCAACAGUCAUGCCUGAGGUUUAUGAUGCUUUUCUCGCCGGUCAUUUCAGUGUACAGAUGUCCAAAAGUAACCCAUUUGGUCAAAACGAGGCCGACAAGACCAUCGAGAAUACGAUCAACAGGGAUUGCAAGACGAGUGGCGGCUACAUCGGAUUCAGUGCCAAUUUCGCGGCGACUCAGCGGUGGGUCUUGAACAAUUCCAGGCGCAGCUCAUACAGACGACUCUUCCGCGAACACGUAUCUCUGCUGUCUACUGAGAACAAGCCCCACAAAGAGCUCUCACCUUCCCAUAUAAGAUCAGACAUGGAAGCUGUAGCAAAUGUGGUUGACGUUUUGGAGAAUGUUUUCUGUAAUCCGUGGAACAGAGACGUCGUGCACCUGAUUAGCCUGUCAACCGGGAUAUCAGCAACUCCUGAGGUCAGAGAUGACCUACUUCAGGCUAAUGAAAAGGGAAAAAGCGCGUCUAGGAAAUUCGUGGAACAGCGAUGCUCAUCUGAUGAAAGUGUUCCCUUUUUUGAUCCUCUGACAAAGCUCAAGCUUAAGUCAUUCAAGUAUCUCAAAGCUGUUACAAAGGUUCGUUCUAAGGAUGCUGUAAUUCCUAUCAAACUAGAUCGAGACGUAUUCGCGAGGAUGGCGUUAUUGGGACAAUUUCGCAAGAUAGACAUGCGACUGGUGUUUACAUAUCCUCUCGGACCACUACCUUGGGCGCUAGCAGAUCCUUAUGGACUUCCAAGAAAGACUAACAAAGCCAAGUUAGCUCAGCAACUGGAAAAGCAAGUUGUCAUCAAGGACUGUUAUCCACUCGAUGCUACAAGUAUUUAUGACGGAAUGGCUGUGCUUCAGAAGUUUAAACCACCGCCUGGAGCCACAUUUGCAGUUCUAGCCGAAAGUUUGUUCACAAUGUUAACCAGCAACUCCAGCAAGCGAAUUGACGUUGUCUCCGAUAUUUAUAAGGAUAUCUCCAUAAAGAAUGCAGAAAGAUCGAAACGUGCAACUGGACCAGUAGGGAUUACUUACAAGAACAUCUUGCCCGGUUACCGAGUGAAGAAUUGGAGCAAGAUCCUGAGUGUAUCAGCCAACAAAACUGAGUUAGUGCGGUUUCUCGUGGGUCAAUGGAAACAGGAGCAGUAUCAAGACAAGCUUCUCAACAAAACACUCUAUAGACGGCCAGCCAGCCGAUCAAAAUAUGACUGUCGAUGGCAUUUUUUGUUACAAGCAAACAACAAGCGUUUUCUUAUAGCUUAGACACUGGUGAGUCACGUUUGAUAUGUUGCCACCUCUGAUUUUAACGAACGAAGAGAAAAUUUUAAGGAUUUGAACAGUUUGCCUAUUAAAUUAUUAUACUCCCGAAAAAAUGUGAAAUUUGAAUUUCACUUAAAUUAGCAUCGUUUAUAUCGUUAGAAAGAGCAUAAAAAAGUACAUAUAAGACAUUUAAACGAGUAAUACGAUUUAUUUAGUCAAAUUCGAGUUAUGGACACUUAAAAAGAGGUAAAAUGCGGUGAAUGACGUCACAAAACCUGUUUUUUAGCAACUUUAAGCGCCCGUAACUGAAAACAGGGUUAUAAUUCACACUUCUCACUUAAAUGUUCUAUAUCUACUUUUUUCCGAACUUUCUGAUUAUAUAGGUGAUUUUUGCUGAAAGUUGGUUUCAAAUUUCAUAAUUUAGUGAGUAUAGUAAUUUUAAUAGACAAAAUUUUCAGAUUCUCAAAAUUUUUCACUUUAAAGUCAAUAUCAGAGGUGGCAACCUAUCAAACGUUGUUCUCCAGUGCCUAAGCUAUACGAAAACGCCAGUUGCCAGCUUGUAACAAAAAAUGCCAUCAAUGACAUUUUAGAGACACUUUUAUUGAGGUUGGCUGGCCGUCUACUAUGUAACUGAAGAGGAAACGUGCUGGAAAAUCAGCUCGUCAGAGGCCAGAGUAGUACCAGAGCUGAGAAGCAACCACGAAGAGGCUGAUACCCGUAUGGUCUUACACGCCAAGCAUGCAGGUGGCAAGUGUGUCAUCUACUCAGAAGAUACGGACGUUAUGAUACUACUCAUUGGCCACGCCCACAACCUGGGCAAGUGCUACUUGCAGAAGGGAAAUGGAUCAAAGCGUAGAAUUGUCGGGAUCUCUGAGAUUGCUGAUCAACUGGAAAGGCAAGUAGCAGAUGGAAUUACAAAACAAGAAGCUUGUGAGGCUUUAAUGGGGCUACAUGCGUUAACAGGUUGCGACACAGUGUCAGCCUUCUCUUCGAAGGGCAAAUUGCGGUCAAUGCAGAUGCUCGUCAAGAAUCAUAUCUAUGCGAAUACAAUGAAAGACAUUGGCAAGGAAUGGAGUGUAAGCGAUGAUACAUUUAGCGCAACAGAAGAGUUUGUGUGUCAUUUAUAUGGAAAGAAGGGUAAGAGUGUGGAUUCAUUGCGAUAUGAGCUCCAUUAUGCGAAAGGUGGCAAGGUCGCGCCAGAAGCAUUGCCGCCAUGUCAGUCAUCGUUACGGCUGCAUGUGUCUCGUGCAAACUAUCAGGCUGCUAUCUGGAGGAGAGCUACAGAAGCGUGUCCUGAUAUCCCUUCUCCGCAUGGGCAUGGCUGGAAC